CUUCCCUCUCCCGGGCCGUCCAGCCACGUCCAGCGCCCACCUGCCUGGUCUGCGCGUGCAGGUUAGCAUCUCGGCCAGCUCAGCAACCCCGAAUGCCCCCAGAAAAGCCGUUUCCCACUCUGCCCCGAGUGCUGGUGGGGUUGGGAGCUGCCUGCUGGUGCCCUGCAAAGUGACCAGGUGCUUCCUCUGUGGGCGGGAGCCGGGGGCCCUUCUGGCCUCUGCAGGCCCCGGAGCCCAGAGCCCGCGCCUGAGGGCUCCCUGCUGUCUCCCUGCUGCCCCCCACUAGGCUGCGUGGCUCGUUUUCUUACCUCGUCCUGACCUGGUGCUUCUAAUUCCUUCCUGCCCCAGCCCCUGCCCCCGCCCCCCAGGGGUUUUAAACCUGUGGGUCAAGUGUCUACAGCAGCGAUGGCCAGAGGGCUUGACUUUCCUCUUUAUAGCGGGAAACUACCUCACACGAUCUGGGGGGAGGAUUUUUCACCGCGGAUGUAAGGAACCCCCCUUGUGAACCGGGGGGAGCGGUGGCUGCGUUAGAAGACGGCGAGGCAGGUGCUGUUUGCUUUGGUUUGGGGGUCUCCGGGCUCACGAGGUCCUGGAGGGACAGAGCCAGGAGCAGCAGCGGGUGCUCCAGGCUCCCCCACCCCACCCGGCAGGACAGGGGCUGGAGGGUCCCUGUGGGAACGGUUAGCACCUGCUCUUGGAGGCGGUGAUGGGGGCCUGGUUUCUCUCCUGUGACUGUCCUGGGGGCUGGUGUCUCUUUUGGUUGCCCUGAGGAGGCCUGAAGUUGCAGGGUGUCGGGCUGGAGCCAGCACCCGCCAGCCACCUGCCACCUGCCCGGCACCCAUGCCGCGUGGACUGUUAGCGUGCGAUGGGGUCCCCCCCUUUCCUCCCUGCAGUGGGAGCCUGGAAGGGCCUGUGCGUUUAGAAGAGCGGCCACGUUUCCCAGAGGACUCUGAGUCACAGCCGCGGCGGCUGGCCACCUGUCGGGGCUGGCGACUACGCCCAGCUCGGGACCAGCAUCGCCUCCUCCGGGGCUGCGGGGGGCCCGGGCAGCAUGGUGCCCUCCGGCCCGCUGGUGCAGAAGCAGGCGGCCCCGGAGCCCGGGCCGGACGCGGAGCGCAAGCCCUGGCGGUGCCUGGUGUUCUACUUGUGCUUCUACGGCUUCAUGGCCCAGCUGCGGCCGGGGGAGAGCUUCAUCACGCCCUACCUCCUGGGCCCCGAUAAGAACUUCACGCUGGAGCAGGUCACCAACGAGAUCACGCCGGUGCUGUCGUACUGCUACCUGCUGGUGCUGGUGCCCGUGUUCCUGCUCACCGACUACCUGCGCUACAAGCCGGUGCUGGUGCUGCAGGGCCUGAGCUACGUGGCCGUGUGGCUGCUGCUGCUGCUGGGCACGUCGGUGCGGCACAUGCAGUGCAUGGAGCUCUUCUACAGCGUCACCAUGGCCGCGCGCAUCGCCUACUCCUCCUACGUCUUCUCGCUCGUGCGCCCCGCCCGCUACCAGCGCAUGGCCGGCUACUCGCGCGCGGCCGUGCUGCUCGGCGUCUUCACCAGCUCCGUGCUGGGCCAGCUGCUCGUCACCCUGGGCCGGGUGUCCUUCUCCACGCUCAACUACGCCUCGCUGGGCCUCCUCAUCUUCAGCCUGGUCCUCGCCCUGUUCCUGAAGCGCCCCCGGCGCAGCCUCUUCUUCAACCGCGACGCCCCGGGCCGGAGCGGGGCCUCGCCCUCCGAGCUGGACCGCAUGAACCCGGACGCCCCGCGGGGCGCGGCGCUGCUGGGGGCCUGGCGGGACUGGACGCUGGUGCGCAUGCUCCGGGAGCUGGGGGACAGCCUGCGGCAGCCGCAGCUGCGCCUCUGGUCCCUCUGGUGGGUCUUUAACUCGGCGGCCUACUAUCUGAUCGUCUACUACGCGCACAUCCUGUGGAACGUGGUCCACACCACCACCGUCUACAACGGCGCGGCCGACGCCGCGUCCACGCUGCUGGGUGCCAUCACCUCCUUCUCCGCGGGCUUCGUGAAGAUCCGCUGGGCGCUGUGGGCGAAGCUGGUGAUCGCGAGCGUGACGGCGGUGCAGGCGGGGCUGGUGUUCCUCAUGUACAGCACGAACAGCAUCUGGCUGUGCUACGUGGCCUUCGUGCUCUUCCGUGGGGCCUACCAGUUCCUGGUGCCCAUCGCCACUUUUCAGAUCGCGUCUUCCCUCUCUAAGGAGCUCUGUGCCCUGGUCUUCGGGGUCAACACAUUCCUCGCCACUGUCCUCAAGACCAUCAUCACCCUCAUUGUUUCUGACAAGCGGGGCCUGGGCCUCCCGGUCCACUCGCAGUUCCUCAUCUACUUCGGGUACUUUCUCGUGCUGUUUGUCAUCUACCUCUUGGGGGCCAUGCUGGUGAUUGUGCAGCACGUCCAGGAGGCCCGCCGUGCGCCCCCAGAGCCGGGCAGCCCUGCAGAGAAGGCCAUGCCCAUGCUGAGCACACACAGCAGUGGCCUCAGCGGCCUGCAGCCCACAGCCCCGCCACAGACCUCCCCGGAGCAGCACCCGCAGCCCGAGGCCAAAGCCUGACGCACCGCCACCGGGAGGCCAGACUCCUCCGACACCAGAGGCCACCCACCAUCGUCCUCCACGCCCUGGGGCCUGCGCAUCUCAGACCGGACUCCCCCACUGCCCCCGUGGCAGGGGGCCCACCCCUUGGGCGAUGCCAGCGUUCAGAGCCACUGACUAACGGGGAGCCCUGCACGGCGCGUCCCUGUGACCUGCCCCUGGGGGGCUGCCUGCCUCAGGGGGGCCUUGGCUUGGGUGGCAGAGGCCCAGGGACUGUGCCCCUCUGCCCUGCUAGGUGCUGUGGCCCUGUCCCUGGCUUGCUGGGGACACUCAGGCAGCUGCCGGGCACUGUGGGCUGGUCUGCUGUCCCCUGCCCACAUGUGGCGGGCGGGGGGAGCUCACGUGCCCACCAGGCCUCCCCACUGUCAUCCCCCCCUUGGGAGACAGGCCCUGCUUAUCCCUGGGGACCAGUGAGUGGCCCCAGACGCCAGCCCUGGGGACUCAGGCCCCGCUGGGCAAGGCUGUGGGUAAACAGAUGAGGCCAGUUGUCUAGGUAGUUGCUUUAGAUAAAUGCUCUUUUUAAAAAAAAAAAAAAAGAUCUAAAUGAGAAACCAUAA